UCUCUCUUUCCCCCCUUUUUUUCUAUCCUUCCUUCUUUCCUUCUUUCAAUCCGGCUUUUAGGUUCUCUCCUUUCACUCCUCCCUCUGCCCCACACAUCUGCUUCUUUUCAUUCCCUCCCCCUCACCCUGUGAGAUCACCUAUUGUUGCAAUCUGUCUAUUUUUUUUUUAAAAUCCUUGUCGCCAGUUUGUUUCAGCCACCUUUGAUAUCAUCCGCUCCCCUCCCCACCUUUUCCCGUUUUAUUUUUCUUCCCCUCCCCUUCCUCGGGCAAUGAGAGGAGAUGCCUGAGAAUCAGCUCCAGGUAGCAGCCAGCUACAUCGUCUUAAGGAUGCAGGCGACGCGAUGUGUUGGGCACCAUUGUUCUUGGCGUCUUCUGCUCCAUGCCAUCUUUUCUGAUGACUGAAGCCCACCCUGCCUUGCCUUUUUCCUUGCUUUGGUGGGGGGCUGAUUUGGCCCCCUGCACCGGCGUCUUGAGACCUCUCCCCGCCUCCCUCCCCUCCUUCCUGCUCCAUGAUUCCAGACUUCCCCUAAGAUGCUAAGACAAGGCCCUUUCCUUCUCCUGGCUGCGUCCAUGUCAUAUUUCAACCCAGAGAAAGCUUUGGCAGCGCCUUCUGAAAAUGAUGGUUUAUCCCAGGGUCGGGCUCCCUUGGCCCCUCCCUACGCUGUCGUCUUGAUCUCCUGUUCAGGCUUGCUGGCCUUUAUCUUCCUCCUCCUCACCUGCCUGUGCUGCAAGCGGGGCGAUGUGGGGUUCAAGGAGUUUGAGAACCCUGAUGGAGAGGAAUAUUCUGGAGAUUACACGCCACCUGCGGAAGAGACCUCCUCCUCCCAGUCGAUCCCAGAUGUCUACAUCUUGCCACUCUCUGAGGUAUCCCUCCCGUCCUCCAACCAACAGAUGCCCAAGACGGAUCUGGUCAAACACCUGGGACUCAGCAGACAACAUCUCAGUUAUCUGCAGGAGAUUGGAAAUGGCUGGUUUGGAAAGGUUAUUCUGGGUGAAAUUUUCUCAGAUUUCACCCCUGCACAGGUUGUGGUGAAGGAGUUACGGGUGAGCGCUGGGCCAUUGGAGCAGAGGAAAUUCCUAUCAGAGGCUCAGCCAUAUCGAAGCCUCCAACAUCCAAACAUCUUGCAAUGCCUCGGCCUAUGCACAGAGACCAUUCCCUUCCUGCUUAUCAUGGAGUUCUGCCAGCUGGGAGACCUGAAACGCUACCUUCGAGCCCAGCGCAAAGCAGAUGGGAUGACCCCUGACUUGUUGACCCGUGACCUCAGCACACUGCAGCGCAUGGCCUAUGAGAUCACGCUGGGGGUGCUGCACUUGCAUAAAAACAACUACAUCCACAGUGAUCUGGCACUUCGGAACUGCUUGCUGACCUCUGACCUCACAGUGCGAGUUGGAGACUACGGCCUGUCGCACAACAACUACAAGGAAGACUAUUACAUCACUCCUGACCGGCUCUGGAUCCCUCUGCGUUGGGUUGCCCCUGAACUGUUGGAUGAGAUGCACGGAAACCUCAUUGUUGUGGAUCAAACGAAGGAGAGCAAUGUUUGGUCUAUGGGGGUGACUAUCUGGGAGCUUUUUGAAUUUGGCUCCCAGCCUUACCGGCACCUUUCCGAUGAGGAGGUGUUGACGUUUGUCAUCAAGGAGCAACAGAUGAAACUGGCCAAGCCACGCCUUAAGCUUCCCUACUCUGACUAUUGGUAUGAGGUCAUGCAGUCCUGCUGGCUCCCAGCCUCCCAUCGCCCAACCAUGGAAGAGCUACACCUGCAGGUGAGCUACCUGUUGAAUGAGCGGUCCAACGCUCAGGCAGAGGAAAGCUUUGAGUGGCGCUGGAGUGCCCUGAAACCCAAGCGCUCCUCGUCACCACCGCCCACCUCCUCUUCUUCCUCAGCCCGCCACCGUCGCCCAUCUGAAGAGAUUUCGGCCUACCCAUUGCUGGAUGGGUUCCAUGGAGGCGACAUGGAUGACAUUCUGACAGUGACUGAAAGCAGUGGGGGGCUGAACUUUGAAUACAUGUGGGAGAAGGCUCGCCUGGGACGAUGGAAGGGCCCCGCCUCAGCACCUCCCGAGUAUCCCUCCAGCAAUGGAGGGCUAGCGGUGCCCGGGAGCAAUCCGUUCUAUGAACAGGCAGCACAGCGUGGGCACAGCCUGGAGACUCCCAGUGUUGUGCCGGUCAUCAGUGCCCGCAGCCCUUCAGUCAGCAGUGAGUACUACAUUCGCCUGGAGGACCACGGCAGUGGCGAAGGGCCCGUCUGCGCCCCCAGCCCCGGCUCACCGCCUCAGCCCCUCUUCCCCUCCGACUGGGACUGCCAUGGAGCUCCCUACCGGUCGCAGGAGCAGCCCAGCACCAAUCCUUUCUUGGCUGGGGGCGGCGGUGACAGCAACCCCUUCCGCAUGGAUGGCGAGAUCCAAGAGACAUCGCUGACAGAGAUGCCAUCGACAGGGGGCGAGGCAUUCCUAGCCGAGUCCCUGCUGACUGUGUACCGUGAACUGGAGGACCAGCAACGCAGCUGGGAUGCAGAGAUGAUGGAGGAACGAGGGGCAGGGGAGACACUGGCUGGGGACCCCUCUGAGUUCCAAGGGUCGCCCUCGUGGGAGCAGGAACCUUCGCUGAUGGAGGACCAGAGCUCGGGCAGCAGCACUGAUGAUGGCGGGAGUAGCAUUGGGGGCGGGCGGCGCAAUCUCCUGCCGUGCCCGCUGUGCAGCCGAGCGCGUUGCACAUGUGCCAUUCCUCGGGGGGAUGUGGUGAGCAGUUGGAGCAACCAUGGUCCACCCCUGCGGCGUCCUCACCGUGACAGCUAUGGCACUGAGGAUGACUCCUCACUGAAAGUGGAGCGGGGCUCACUCUCUGACUGUCCUCUGCUGCCCCCUAGGGACUGUGAUGGGGAUGGCGCAGAGCACAGUGAAUUCUAUGACCCACUCAUGGGUGCAGCUGUGAAGACCUAUGAACUUCAAGACUACCCAAAGCAGAGAGGUGGGGGAAGCGGCCGUCCUCCUGGAUCGCCCUUCCCAGCCAUGUCAGCUGGCUGCUGCAAUGUGAUUGUUCCUGUAGAGAUACCGCCAUUGUCCACUCUGGCUGAGAGCAAUGAUGAGGAGACUAUUGCGAUCCUCCCGGAAGCCAUUGAUGGAUUCUCUACUGGCCCUGUAACCCUAAGCCUCUCCCCAGCAGCACCCGAUCGGCAAAGAGGAACCCUAGAUUCAGUGGAUUCCUUAGACAUUCCUUCCAACACCAGUUCCUCAGAUGUCUGCAGCCCAGCAUCCCACUACUCUUCUCCGGGGCAAAAAUUUGGUGACAGUGGCUAUGAAACAGAGAGCACUUUCUCUCCAGAGUUCAUAUUCAAAGAGGAACCACCGCCACCACCUGCUGGAGAAGAGGAAGAUGUGGAGGCAGAAGAAGGUUCUGCCCAACUCCCAGCAACACCCUUCUCCCAGUCCACUAGCGACCUUACCUUGUCAAUCAGUGAAGAAGGAGUGGAGCUAGAGGAAGAGAUAGGGAGGAGCUUAGGGCCAGCCACACCUCACCGUGACUCUGCCUAUUUCUCUGAUGGUGAAGUUGAACCCUCUGCAACACCAAGUCCAGCUGGAAACCAGAAGGACGAGCCCACAGAGAAGGCAACUGUGGAUGGAGGCUUUGUGGUGCAAGUGUGCAAGGAGCAGCUGCUGGUCACAUUGCAAGAGAAUGUGACGCGCAACUUGCUCUGUAGUCAAGGGAGGCCAAAGUUGGGACUCUCCCCAAUUGCUCCGUUGAAGGACCAGGCUGUUCUCAGGUUGUGGACCCUGGAGCCAGAGGAGGGGCAGGAGACUGAUGAAGAGGAAGAGGUCAAGAAAAAGCAGAACGGGGAUGUAGUGGGCUCCCAGUGGGCAGACAGUAUGGAAGAUAAAGUGAAGGUGGUGGUGGUCGUAGAGGAAGAAGAAGAGGAGCAACAGCAACACAAGGAGGGGAGUGGAAAACUUGAAGAGAUGCAACCAGAGCAGCAGGAGGAAAACGGGAAAGAUGGGGAGGAGCCUCACCAGACAGAGACCCAAGGUGUAGCAGUGCCUGGGCCAGAAGAUGUGCAGAAAUUCCCAGAGGAUGCACAGGAAGACAGUUAUGUAGCAGCUGAGCAGCCCAAAAAAGAGCAGGAACCCAGCGUCCCUGUGAACCAAGCAGGUGAAGAUAUCAAAGCCAAGCUGUCCCGCUUGUCUCUGUCACUUCCCCCUUUGGCCUUGCAAACCUUCCCCCCACCUGGCGGGGGAAGGAAGGGGCCAUUUUGGGAAGGAGCAGCUUUGGGGGAGGGGCCAGCCUUGGGAGGGAGAGAGGCUGCCAUGGCAGUGGAGGAUGAGGAGGAAGACGACGCCGAAGAGGAAGAGGAAGGAGGCUUGGUUGGAGGCGGAGGGCGGGGCGUCCCCAUUGUGGUGAGCGAAAGCGACGAUGCCCGUAACUUGCGUGGCCUCCUCAAGUCGCCACGCUCGGCUGAGGAGGCAGCUGCUGAGCUUGACCGCAAACGAAAGAUGGUCUCCUUCUUUGACGAUGUCACCGUCUACCUCUUUGAUCAGGAGACACCGACCAAUGAGCUGAGCUCACAAGGAGCCCCAGAUGGCGACGCCCCAUCUCCCAGCUCAACAACAGAACCUGGACUUGAUGCCUUCCCACCAGCUGAUGGCUUCAGUGGCAGUUUUGAGUGGGACGAUGAUUUCCCCCUGAUGGCCCAGAAUCCAUCCUAUGUCUCCAUGGUGUCUGACCCCAGUUCAGCCAAGUCCCACCCAGCCAUGUCCUCACCACUACCCAUGGCCCCGGUGUUGCUGCCAACCACCAAGAGGGCCGAGUCCGGCCUGGUUGAUGCCCUGAGGUUCUCUCGCUUCACCGUCUCUCCUGCUCUCGAGCCUCAUCUUUCUCCAUCCUGCGACACGGAACUGGGGCCCACAGCUGAUCCAAUUGAGAACUGAGACAGAGUAGCACUUGGACAACCCUGCCUGUCGUCCUAACCUUCAAGGACGACGCCCAGUCACCCAGUUGACUUGCUGAUGUCAAGUUUACCACACGCCCGUUCCUGUGGCGGAUGGACAGACCAAUGCGUUUGUGUGUGCGUGCGUUUGCGUGCAUGGUGCGGAGCCAUUGUUGCUAACUGGAGCCUGACACAUGGACUUCCUUGCCCUCCCUCUGCUGUCCCCCAACCCAUCCCCACUUAGGGAGGGGGCGGAACCUUUUGUAUGAACAAUCACGGGCCACCAAGUGACGAGAGAGGUGUCACCUCAGUUUGGGGGGGCCCUGUCCAGCACUGGCUAUUGAAUGUAUAACACCUGUCCCUUCCCAGCUUCCCUUCCACUCUCUGAUAUGUCCCUUAUAAGGACCCUCUGUGCCAAAUUGAGAGGGUGGGGGUGGGGUGGGGGGAAACUGAGUCUCCAGGAAGUUGCCUCAGACUGCUCAUAAGCCCUCUGCAUCUCCCUGAAUUUCAUCAGCUGCAUCCUGGAAUGUGGAAAAUUUAAACCCCUUCUGUGCCAAAUGGAACUGAAUGGGGCUGGUGACCCUGCCCUUUCAACCAGCAUCAUAUCUCUAUAUAUAUUUCCAAACAAGACCAUUGAUUCAAACCAUGGACAGAAUUUCAGUAGCAGGAUGGAGCAACUCAAUCAGAGCCAUGACCCUGGAGUUCCUAGGGGACAACUGGACUCAACAAGGCGGAUAGGGAGAUUUGGUUGGGUGGGGACCCUUUGCCUGGCCCCAGGGGGAUGAUCCAUGGGUACCAUUUUUCAACAGUGACAUGCAUUAAGUCAGUAUCCAUUGGUUGAUACAUGAAGAUUUAUGGGAGAAUCAUGAAUUGGUUCAUACCACCAAUUUGUAGCAGCCACGUCAUGGAACAAGAACACCCUCCAUUCUGUCCCGGCUGGUUGGUGCUUCAUACUUGGAAAAUCAUUGUGAUUCAUAGAGUUGAUGGAGAUGAUUGGUUUUUUGGGGACUGACCUGUCCUGACCUUCCCAAUCCCCAUGUUGGUUUACAUUGGGAGGUUAAUAAAGGCUACUGGGUCCUACUGGGGUACAAUUGAAAUGAUGGGGAUUUCCAAGUAUUGGACUGGCCACUGAUCAAUUGUGCCAAAAGUACUGUGUGAAGGGAAGUGGGUUCUGGGAAUGGAACAGGGAGCUCAGUGGCUUAGGGGAUCCUCUGGAAUUAUCUGCUCUGAAGAUGAUGAACUUUUGACUCUUGCUCUUUGCAUGUGGUGCACUGUGGCCAGAUGUGGAGAAUGAUAACAUUGAUGUAUAGGGGGGUUGUGUGGGCUCAUCUUGGGGAGGAGGCUGCUGAGCGCAUGACCCUGCUUUGCAGUGGGUAAGGGGUGGGCGAUAGAUCUAUGAACCCCUGAUGCUUUCCAGCAUUGGCUUCUGUAGAAAAUAUUCAUUGGAUUACAGAUGGAACGUCAGUGGUUUGUAUUGGGUCUACAAAGGAGGCAGUCUGUUUUAAAUGGGGAGAUUAGAACUCUCCUUGGACGUAACUGUGUGAUUAAUGAGUCCCCCUCCCUUCUAGGGCAAGGACUGAUUUAGGACCUUUGCCUCCUCCUCCCCCAGUCAAGAAAAUAACAUUUGUGCCUACCAGAGCAUCAUUAAGACAAAAACACUGAUAUUCAAACUGGCGGUUCUGACCUGAAUCCUGAGAUUGGGCAUGGUGGAAGACCAUAGAAUGUGAAUAUGAACAUUUGCCUGUUCUUGACAUUGAGGGCAAGACACCUGGGACUAAUUAUGCUAAUUUAGACCAAUGGUGCCUCAGGGAGGUUCCAAAGCAAGACAUGGGAAUAUCCGUGUUUUCCCCUACUGGACAGCAGAGACACACCAUCUUGAGAGACAGGGUGCUUUUUGGCUUGUCAUGGAUAGGCCAGUCCUCUGCAGGUUCAGCUGUCAGGGCUGAUGGUCUGGAGAGAUGGCGGAGCACGGCAACCAAAUGAGCUCGACAGACAAGAGAGCUAGCCAAUAGGCAGCUGGGCUACUGUGCCUGUGAGCAAGAGACCGGAGAGAAAAGCUAGCUUCAGUCUAGUGACAGCUUGGGUUUUGUCCCAAAGACAUAGGAACAUAGGAAGCUGCCUUGUACUGAGUCGGACCCUUGGUCCAUCUAGCUCAGUGUUGUCUACCCAGACUGGCAACGGCUUCUCCAGUUUCAGGCAGGAGCCUCUCUCAGCCCUGUCUUGGAGAUGCCAGUUUUUAGGCCCAGGUGGAAUCCUAAUGUCUCCUUGUGUCCUCUGACCUGUGGUGAACUCGUAGGGGCAGUGCUGCUGUCAGCUCCCUCUUCUGCCCAGCUGCUACGGUGGUGUGGAGAAAAUUAAGGCCCCUGGGACUGGCCACCAGGGUCCCUGACUCAAGCCUCCAGGUGUCUUACAUCUGUUAAUCCUUUCCCAAAGGCAUUUAGGGUAUCUGUCUUUGUGACAUUCCAUAACGAGGAGUUCCUUAGGCUGAUGAUACAUUGUGUGCAGAAGGGCCACACUGAAGGAGCGGCGUGGAAAUAAAAAAGCUUGCAACACCCACCCCUGAGCCCCCAAAGCUUGCCCCACUGAUCUCCAGCACUGACAGGGUUGGAGGUGAGCCACAUCACUUCUGACCCUAAAGUCAUGAGCAGGGCGGUGCUGUCCCUUGGUCUCCUGGUCCAGUCUCUAUGCCUCAUUUGGCAACUGCUUGUGCCUCUGUCGGGAGACCUGCUACACACUGUGAGAAUCCUUUGCCUAAGGGAUGACAGCUCAGUUUCUGAGACGUUCCCCUUUCCCCAACAGAAUGUUAGCUCUGAUCCAUUGAGAUGUAUCAAAAAUGGCCAAAAAUGUUCACAAUAGAUUUGUAGCUCUCAGCUACAUCCAUAUUUCCCAGGUAGAGUUGGAAGCUCUGAAACUCAAAGCAUUAAGACUGGAAGUCAGAAUUUUGGAUCAAAACAGUACCCAUCUAGCAUGGUAUCAAGCCUCCAAUGCUUACACUACAGCCCGGUUCACACAAUCAUUCAAAUCUAGGUUUGCAGUGGGUUACUGACAUUAGAAUGAUUGUGUGAACUCACCAAGGCAGAAAUCUGAUUCAUCUUGGGCCAUAAACCACCUUGGUGUGAGUUCACACCAUCAUGCGAAUGUUGGUAACCCACAUUAAACCUAUAUUCAAAUGAAUGUGUGAAACAAGUCCUGUCUGUGGGCCAUGUGGAAACUUUGACUUAAUUCAAUGCCUCACCUGCCAAGACUAAAAUUGAUGCCCUGGCUCCAUUGUAAUGGCUUCCACGCUAGUUUCUAAUCAUGUGUUCUGAGGGAAGCAAGAGUCUUUGGGUGUUAAACUAAAAACCACCCGCAACUCUGCCCUGCAACAGGACAAUAGAAAUACAGAGAAGGGAAGGGAAGAUGAGCUUUGCUAACUUUCUGAUCUGUCAAUAUGAAAAAGAAGUACAAAAACAGUAUUUUUGAAAAGUGGAGGUUGGAGUGGGCCAGAGAAGAUGUACUUAAUAACAACAUUCCAGCUUUUCUUCUACAUGGAUGAGUUAUUCUUGGGGUGAAGGUUGAAAGGAAGUAGAGCGUGGGUAGAUGAGUGGACGGGUGGAAGGAUGCGAUGUGAAUAUUCAAGGAAUGGAGAGGGGACGUGGAUAGCUUGGUUAGACUGGGGAAGAGUUGCUGGAAGGAUGCAUGGCAGCAUCUUUGUGGGCGGGGUGGAUGGACAGUGAUGUUUGGGAGGGCUGGAAGUAGGUUGAUGCAUUCAUGGGGGGAGAUUGUGAGACUGAGUAUGUGCUGGGAUGGGGAGAGUGUUCAAAUAUUAGAACUUUAAAAUCUCCAAUGAUAAUAAAAUGUGCAUAUUUGCA